ACAUCGAUGGAGCUAAACACAAUCAGCAAAGUUUAACCAUGGUGUCUAAGGCAGGGUUUGCUCUAGUUCUCGCUGUGCUGGUCUGCGGCCAGUACGCCGUCCAGGGAGUCUACAUCGUCUCCAAGGCCGAGUGGGGUGGCCGUGCACCCAACUAUCGCGUUGCCCUGGACAACUACCUGAACUACGCCAUCAUCCAUCACACUGCGGGCAACUACUGCGAGACUCGCGCUGCCUGCGCACAGCAGCUGCGCAACGUCCAGAGCUACCACAUGGACGAACUGGGCUGGCCCGAUAUCGGCUACAACUUCCUGAUCGGCGGCGAUGGCGCUGUCUAUGAGGGUCGCGGCUGGAACUCGCUGGGCGCCCAUGCCGCCGAAUGGAAUCCCUACAGCAUUGGCAUCUCCUUCCUGGGCAACUUCAACUGGGACACGCUGGAGCCGAACAUGAUCGCAGCCGCUCAGGGUCUGCUGAACGAUGCCGUCAGCCGUGGCCAGCUCGCCUCCGGCUACAUCCUCUAUGGCCAUCGUCAGGUGAGCGCCACCGAAUGCCCCGGCACCCACAUCUGGAACGAGAUUCGCAGCUGGUCCCACUGGAGGGAAAUCCAAUCGAGAAUUAUGGCAAGCAAAGCUCUCAUCGCUCUGGCCGUGCUCCUCUGCGCCAACGCCGUCCUCGGCGUGAAUAUCAUCAGCAAGUCGCAGUGGGGCGGUCGCUCGCCCAAUGGCAAAUCCACGCUCGCCAACAAGCUGAGCUACGCCGUGAUCCACCACACCGCCGGCAACUACUGCAGCACCCGCGCUGCCUGCGAGCAGCAGCUGCGCAACAUCCAGGCCUACCACAUGGACAGCCUCGGCUGGGCGGACAUCGGCUACAACUUCCUGAUUGGCGGCGAUGGCAACGUGUACGAGGGUCGCGGCUGGAACGUGAUGGGCGCCCAUGCCACCAGCUGGAACGCCAAGUCCAUUGGCAUCUCUUUCCUGGGCAACUAUAACAACGACAGACUCACCUCGGCCCAGAUCUCAGCGGCCAAGAGCCUCCUGGCCGAUGCCGUCUCCCGUGGCCAGCUCGUCUCCGGCUACACUUUGUACGGCCAUCGCCAGGUCGGCUCCACCGAAUGCCCCGGCACCAACAUCUGGAACGAGAUUCGCACCUGGGCCAACUGGAGGGCUUAAAUGGACGCUCGACUACGUAACUCAAGCUGCAAAAUAAAAACUUUUAAAAUAUAAUAUAUUAAUGCGUAA